AUGCUUUCAGCCUGGAAUCUGCAGCCGUCAUCCUGGGAAGAUCCACUCUCUGGAGAUGUAGCUGCCCCAGCAGGUGCCACAUCUGCAUCUACUGCAGACCCAGAAUGUCACUGUCUCCAAAGCCGCUGUCAAAUGGUCCCAAAUCUGGCUCCUGAUAGCUACGAGCAGCGUGAUCCUGGAUCAUUAGCAGAAGAGGCAGCAACCAGUUUGAAAGACAACAUAAUAUUUUCAAACAAUCCACAACAUGUCAUCCACGAGCCAAUGAUUUCAUAUUUUGAUAAACUUUCUGAGGAGCUGAGGCCUGGGAAUUUGUUUGUUAUCUGUGGUCAUGUGCCCCAUAAUGCAGACAGGUUCCAGGUGGAUUUCCAGUGUGGCAACAGCGUGAAGCCCCGAGCUGAUAUGGCUUUCCACUUUAACCCUGGAUUCAAAAAAUCAGGCCACAUUGUAUGCAAUGCCUUGAUAAUGGAGAAAUGGGGAUGGGAAGAGGUUGUCAAUGACAUGCCAUUUGAAAAAGGAAAAGAUUUUCAGAUCAUGUUUAUGGUACUGAAGGACAAGUUUCAGAUGGCUGUGAAUCUAUUGCUCUACAAACAUAGAAUUAAGCCAGACAAAAUAGAUACCCUGGGAAUUUAUGGCAAAAUAGAGAUUGAGUCAAUUGAGUUUCACAAUAACAUGUCUUUAGAAGGAAACCAAGCAACUUGUUUGGGAACAAUGAAUAUGAAUUCAGGAAAUAUAAGUAGGAAAAACUCAUUGUGGUGA